AUGUUGCAUCAUUGGAUUCAUCGUGACCAUGUCAAUAUUGUUUUCCCGGAGAUUGCGGAUGAAUUAUGGAAUUUAUAUCUUUUCAGUGAUGUUAGCAUUCCUUUCCAUUGGCCUAAAUACAGCUUGAUUUCAUUCGCUUUAACAAUAAUCGCAGGAGGAACAGCAAUUUUACUUGGUUUCAGAUCAAUACGAUUUACAUUCAAAGGAUAUUACUUCUUCUUCCUACUGCCUAUCUUCCUAUUCAUCAUUGGAAAUGUCUUCUACAUUCUUUUUCGAAUAUAUGGUUUUCCAUUCGACAUAUUAGCUGGAAUAUUCCUCGAUACCUCAAUAACUCUUGCUAUAUACUUGUCUACAGUGUGGUUAAAAUAUUCUCCUGAUAAAACAGUCCAUUCGCCAGUGUUUAUAGUCUUCCUUGAAUUCACUGAGUUGGUGGCACUAUUCCUGGAAUCUGCUGUCGUAUUCUCUAAAACUGACUUAAAACGUUGA